GCGCAUGCGCAGAGAAGUUCACUCCGUUAGCUGUCAGUGCGACGUUUCUCCACUUUGUUUUCCAGGGAGUUCUUAUUAUCGGAGGAAAAAGGGAAACUAAGCAGACCAGUUAGGAGUCUGAAGGAAGAAACGCUGUAAAGGUUUGCAGGUAGAAACAUGCCUCCGGGAAACUUUCUGGAAGUUAUUUUUGCUUCGAGAACCGCAGUGGAAGAGACCGACGGUAGAGUUUUUCCUUUGAGGCGCUAACGGCUGGUCCUGCCUUUAAAAGCAGCGCCAGCCUCCUUCAUGUCACUUUUUAUUAUUUAUUUAGAUUUAAAAUACACAAAGGGCGCAUUAUUCUAAGGGAUAUUAAAGUAUGAUAGUUGCGCUUUCGAUUGGCGUGGAGUAGGGAAAACGGGCAAGAGGGGCUGGGAGGGUCGCUGCUCCCGUUGCGAUGGGCAACCGUGGGAUGGAGGAGCUGAUUCCGGCGGUGAACCGCCUCCAUGAAGCCCUGAGCUCCGCGGGGCAGAGCUGCUGCCUCCACCUGCCGCAGAUCGCCGUGGUGGGAGAACAGAGCGCCGGAAAGAGCUCCGUGCUGGAGAACUUUGUGGGCAGGGACUUCCUUCCACGAGGCUCAGGAAUCGUCACUCGGAGACCUUUAAUCCUUCAGCUCCUAAACUCAGACAAAGAAUAUGGUGAAUUUUUCCACUGCAAGGGAAAGAAGUUCACAGAUUUUGAUGAGAUACGGCAGGAAAUCGAGACCGAGACAAUCAGACUCACAGGAUCGAAUAAAGGCAUCUCCCCCGUCCCCAUCACACUAAAGAUUUACUCACCUCACGUGUUGAACCUGACUCUGGUGGACCUGCCUGGCAUCACCAAGAUGCCGGUGGGAGACCAGCCGGCAGACAUAGAGUACCAGAUACGAGACAUGAUCAUGCAGUAUAUCUGUAAGGAAAACUGUCUCAUUCUGGCUGUAACGCCAGCCAACACCGACCUGGCUAAUUCAGACGCACUAAAGCUGGCCAAAGACGUCGAUCCACAAGGUCAACGAACAAUUGGUGUAAUCACAAAACUUGAUCUGAUGGACAAAGGAACUGAUGCCAAGGAAAUACUAGAAAACCGGUUACUUCCCUUACGCAGAGGUUACAUAGGGGUCGUAAACCGCAGCCAGAAGGACAUCGAUGGGAAAAAGAACAUCAUGGCGGCUCUGACAUCGGAGAGAAAUUUCUUUCUAUCCCAUCCAGCCUAUAAACACAUGGCUGAGCGUAUGGGGACCCCGUAUUUACAAAGAACACUUAACCAGCAACUGACAAACCACAUCCGGGAUGCAUUGCCAGCCUUUCGUAACCAUCUUCACAGCCAACUUCUGGCCUUGAAUAAAGAAGCUGAAGAAUACAAAAAGUUCAGUCCAGACGAUGCAACACGCAGGACCAAGACCCUACUACAGUUAGUUCAGCGCCUGGCUGUUGACUUUGAGAAGCUAAUUGAAGGCUCUGGUGACAAAGUAGACAUGGUGAAUCUCUCGGGAGGAGCUCGGAUCAAUAAAAUCUUUCACGAGCGUUUCCCCAGUGAACUGGUCAUGAUUGAGUCUGAUGAGACAAAGCUCCGCCAGGAGAUCAACUAUGCCAUCCGAAACAUACACGGAGUCAGGACAGGCUUAUUUACGCCUGAUAUGGCGUUUGAAGCCAUUGUAAAGAAACAGAUAUCAAAUCUUAAAGCGCCGUGUAUCAAAUUCAUUGACAUGGUCAAUCAGGAACUGAUUACGACGGUGUACCAGUGCAUUGAAAAGCUCAGCGCCUUCCCCCAAUUACGGGAAGAGACGGAGAGGAUUGUUAUCACAGAAAUCCGAGAGCAGGAAAAUAAAUGCAGAGAGCAGGUCUUGUUGCUUAUUGACAUCCAGCUCGCCUACAUAAACACCAAGCAUGAAGACUUUAUUGGUUUCACUAACUCCCAGCAGGGGAACAACCAAAGCAAUAUGAACUCUUCAGGACAGAAUGCAAGGAACCAGGGUUCAGCUUUUCGCCCGAAUCGAAUAGUCAUUCAUAAGGGCUGGCUGACCAUCAGUAACAUUGGCAUAAUGAGAGGCGGAGCAAAGGAGUUUUGGUUCAUCCUCUCUACAGAAAGCCUGUCCUGGUACAAGGAUGAAGAGGAGAAGGAGAAGAAGUACAUGCUUCCCCUGGAAAACUUAAAGCUCAAAGAUGUGGGAAAGGGCUUCAUGUCCAGCAAAUUUGUUUUUGCUAUCUUCAACACGGAGUUAAGAAACGUGUACAAGGGCUACAGAUGCUUGGAGUUGGCCUGUAACUCUCAGGAGGAGCUGGACAGCUGGAAGGCAUCUCUGCUGCGCGCUGGAGUCUACCCUGAGAAAAUCGCCGUAAAUGAGCAGGAAAGUACAGAUCCUCAGCUGGAGAGGCAGGUGGAGACCAUCCGUAACCUGGUUGACUCCUACAUGAGCAUCAUCUAUAAGACCAUGAGGGAUCUUAUGCCAAAGACCAUCAUGCACCUGAUGAUCAAUAAUGUGAAGGAGUUCAUUAGCUCGGAGCUCCUGCCGCAGCUCUACGCUUUGGGGGAAUGCUCGGCUCUGAUGGAUGAGGCGCCGGAGCAGAGGCAACGCCGUGAGGAGGUGCUCCGUAAACACUCUGCCCUGAAGGAGGCGCUCACCGUCAUCGGAGAGAUCUCAACUUCUACCUUCACCACCCCGCUUCCUCCACCUGUGGACUCUUCCUGGAUACAGCACCUCAGUUCAGGACAACCUAAAAACUCAGUGACCGCUGGCAGGCCGGUGAUUCGCGCCCACGCUCCGCCCGCUCCUCGCACAUCUCCCGCCGGAUCCAACUCUUCCUCCCGUGGUCUCCAGCAGCUCGCCGCUCAGCGUCACCGUGUCACAGCCUGCGUGCCAAGGAGGCAACCGCCAGCAAUCCCAGGUGUGAAAUAGGUCUGCUCAUCGGAGCUCUCCUCUGCUCCUGUGCUCCUCCCAGCCCUCGUUGACCACUAGAAAGAACCGCCUCUGACCUCCAUGAUGAUUAAACCAGCUGAAGCACUUUCCUGAGCGUCUCUCCUCCUCCUCCGUUGGGAACUGAUGUCUGCUAAAUUCACUCCGUCCUGAGCCUGUUUUAUACGUCGAUAUGUCUCAUCAUAACAAACCGGAAUGUGUGCAGAUUUCCCUCAAGUGCCUGAACGUAAAAAUGCUGCAAAAAUACACAUUUAUUAUUUUCACUCCUGUUUUUGUUUGUAAAAAUGAGUUUUAUUCUUUGGUGUUUUUUAAAAAGAUGUCAUUGCUGGACUUUUAUUCAUCCCUCAACGCUGCCACCACUAAACCACUGAGGGAGGGGCAGAGACCCUAUAAACCGGCUGUCACUCAGUCUGUUGACAUGUUUUGAUCCGUAACGCUGUGGGUUGAAUAUAGCUUAAAAGAAAUGUUUGUCUGCUGUUUUGGAAUCCAUGUUGAUAAUUAAAGAAAAAAAUCUCUGAUACUUAA